AUGGAGCAUUUGGUGCCGCAGACGAUUGAUUUGUUAAAGAAGGAGGUUCCGGUGGAAGAAGGAAGUCUGCAUCUGAACGGAGAUGAAGUUAAGACUACUGGUCUUGUCUUGGUCGACCUUGUUAAUGGCUUUUGUACUGUUGGCGCUGGCAAUUUGGCCCCAAAAAUGGCAGACAAGCAAAUAUCAGAAAUGGUAGAGGAAUCGGUGAAGCUUGCUAGAUUAUUUUGUGAAAGGAAAUGGCCUGUUUUGGCCUUUCUCGAUACCCAUCAUCCUGACAUACCUGAGCCCCCUUACCCUCCUCAUUGCAUUCUUGGAACCGAUGAAGCAAAUCUUGUUCCAGACCUUCAAUGGUUAGAGAAUGAACCCAAUGCAACUCUUAGACGCAAGGAUUGUAUUGAUGGAUUCCUUGGCUCCAUUGACAAACAGGAUGGUUCCAAUGUCUUUGUUAAUUGGGUUAGAAAUAACAACAUCAAACUCAUACUGGUUGUAGGGAUAUGCACAGAUAUAUGUGUUCUGGAUUUUGUUUCUUCGGCCUUAUCUGCCAGAAAUCGUGGUUUUCUUUCUCCUCUAGAGGAUGUGGUUGUAUAUUCUCGUGCUUGUGCAACCUAUGAUCUUCCACUUCACAUUGCCAAAACUCUCAAAGAUGCCAUACCACACCCACAGGAGCUGAUGCAUCACGUAGGCCUCUAUAUGGCCCAGGGAAGGGGAGCUAAGGUAGUAUCAGAGGUUUCUUUUGGUGCACUGGGACAGUCAUGA